AUGUCUGCCGAUCUGUGCGAUGCGGUCUAUAUUGACGACCGAUUCGGGACGGAAAGAUGGGUGUAUAGAGAAGAAUUGAUUGACCGUGAGGCCGCAGGUGAACUCUCCGUCAUAUUUCCAGAUGAGCCAGAGAGGUUACAGUCAACAGUUAAAGUGCUGUUCAAUGUUUGCAAGCGAAUCUACCUUUGCCAUUCCAAUCAGUCAUUUGCAGCUGCCCUUGCCGAAUUGAGCGACCGAACUGGACCCGAAUGCACGCCUAUCUUCGCCUUUAUUGACGUUGAGUCGACCGGUAUCGCCGCUGCGCCCCGGCGACAGGAACCUCGCGAGUACGAAGGCAGUUUAACGUUGGAUUCGGUGACACCUUUCUCGCGCCGUUUUAGCUUCUCCUCGGAAUCCGCCGAUUCUUAUGGUGUUCAGCUAGUAGCUCUACUGGCAUCGGAUUUGCAACUACAAGAUGGACCAAAACUCAUAACACCCGUUGCCAUGAUGCGAACACCAGGAGGUCUAGGAGAGGAGGCUGAGAAAAUGGAACUCCCUCAACUAUCGCAGAAGAUGUGCGCUACAUCUUUAGCAUUACCGAGUUUGCCGUCACGCUGCAUAGAUGCAGGCGCCGCAGAUGUGCUUUGCCAGCCUCUGCACGAAGCCCGCGUGCAAGGUCUUCUCGUGCAUGCUUAUCGAGUGCGUCGAACUGCACGGAAAGAGCUGACUCGAUUCUUGUCUAUCAAGAAGGCCAGGAAGCAAUCGUGGGUUGGCAUGCACGCCGAAAAGCCGUACUCAUAUCUUCGGGAAGCGAUGGUUUCGAAACUGCUCGAGUCAAUUUGCCAUCCCGAACAAGUCAUUGAAGAAUUCCAAUACGGGGAGCUGAAUAUCUCACCCGAACGAAAAGAAAUGAUCGAACGCGAAGUCGGUGUAUGGAGGUUCCCGGUUCAUCACCUUACAGACGACGAACUUGUAUACGCCGCAUGUACGAUGAUUGGACAUGCGAUGACAAUGCCCGAGGUAGGACCAUGGCGAUUGACCAAAGCCGAGCUUCAGACCUUUCUACUUGCCAGCCGAUCAGCAUACAAUUCAUUUGUUCUAUAUCACAACUUCCGCCAUGCCGUCGAUGUUUUACAAUCGGUUUUCUACAUUCUCAUCAAAAUUGGAGCCCUCCCCACCUACGACAUGUCUAACACAAACACAUCGCCUUCAAAAUCUCCCGUAGCAUCACUGAUUACACCAUUUGACGCCUUGACACUUCUCAUUGCAGCAAUCGGCCACGAUGUCGGUCAUCCCGGAGUGAACAACGUCUUCUUAGUCAAGCUGAACGCGCCGCUUGCCCAAUUAUACAACGACAGCUCUGUUCUGGAAGCCUUCCAUUGUGCUGCUUUCUCCCAAAUACUACGUCGCCACUGGCCUGCAGCUUUCCACGACGUCAAUAUGCGAAAACUACUCAUCAGCUCGAUUCUUGCAACUGACAUGGGUGUGCACUUUACAUUCAUGGGUCGUAUGGGUGAGUUGCAACGCAAAUAUGAGGAGAGCGGGGACACUAGCUUGUGGACGCCCCAGGAUCGUGAUACGUACAAGAGUUUAUUGUGCGGAUUGAUCAUCAAAUGUGCUGAUAUCAGUAAUGUGGCCCGACCAUGGAAGAUUGCGGAACAGUGGACCAAUCUCCUACAAGAAGAGUUUGCUCAUCAAGGGGAGAUGGAAAAGGAAAUUGGUAUGGAGACGGCUCUCUUUGGUGGACCGCCUGAACUCGGCAACAUGCACAAACUUUCACUCAGUCAAAUCAACUUUAUGUCCAUUUUUGCUUUGCCCCUAUUCGAAGGAGUUGCCGGUCUUUGCCCGGAGAUCACCUGCACGGUCAAACAUAUCAAACUGAACAGGUCUAGAUGGCAAGAGGUGGCCAGCUUCGAGGAAAAACGAGAGCCAACUACCAUUAGCGCGGAACAUUCUCCACGAUCACUUAGUCCUGCAAGACGGGAGGGUCUCAAGGUGUCUACAGUACAGGAAAACGAUGUAUCGGCGGAUCAAGAUGCGAAUGCUCACAUCAUCUUGGACCAACCUCCUGAAUUCGAAAAUACAGCACUGCCAUUGACGGCCCAGAAGGACUACGCAGAUGAUCAUAUCGACUUGUCGCAAAGCACGGUCGCGGGUUUCAGCACAGCGGCCAAUGGAGUACGAGAGGAACCAUCUUCUGAGUCUCAGUCAAGCGAUGAUGACGAUACCGGCGAGUCAUCAGGGGUCACUUUAAUGGCAUACAACAAAAGCCACCCUGAUCGGGCAUCUUCUAGUCGUGGUUCACGCCCCACGAGCUCAUAUGGAGUCGGUAGGGACACUAGAACGCAGAGCGCAAGCACCACGACGAAUACGGUUGCAACUCCUGUAUCUCCAGCUACUAAUGCAACCAGUUUUGUUUCAUUAGACAGUGAUGAUAAGGAAAGUCGUGGAAGUGGAUUGAGCAGUGCCAGUGACGUUUACCCUCUUGACGACAAUCACUCACGCCCAUCUUCAUCGGGAUUAUAUGGACAACGACUACAACCGAACGGUCAUACUAUUCCUCCAAAGCCCCGCUCGUCACAGGGUUUCGAGGAGUUUGGAAAAUCACACCACCUGAUGACGGCCAUUCUAGGAAACGGUCGUAGUGGUCGCGAUAGUUCGUUGGAGAAAGUGCGAUCUUCACACCGUUCACACGAACAGCUUACAUCAGCACCUCGUCACGAACUCCCACGAAAGAAAAGCCGACUACGAUUGGCAUUCUGGAGGCGGAAGUCUUAA